AUGUCUAAACUGAAUAAUCACAGCAAUAAUACUUCAUCCUCAAAUCUACGGCGAUAUGGCGAUGAUGAGCUUGAGUCAUCUAUUGGGGCAAUAUUUGAUAACAUUGACUUUAGCUCCAUGGAGAAGCCAGAGGUGAAUGAUGAGGGAGCAAGUUUGGAGUCCAAUAACCGAAGGUUGAGUGAGAAUCGCUCUCAAUACUCUACAAAUGACAAUGACGAUGGGAUGAAGGACGCAAUAAAUAAUGCUUUGAAUGAUGUGUUUGACUUCAGAGACAAACACAAUGAGGAAGAGGGGAAGAAUAAUUUACAAGGUUUUAAAGAUGUGGAUGAACUGAAACAUCCUACACAUGGCUACACAGAGGGUGACACGUUGCCAAAGCUGACUGAGUUAAAUAGUGCACCCUCAGUACCGGAGAAUCAAGAAUUGGAUGAUGCUAUAGAUAGUGCUUUUGAUAACCUAUUACAAGAUCAAGUGCCAAGCCAGGGCGAGAAAUCUCCAAAAGAAGACUCUCACAAAGUGCGCCAUCAAGAGGACUUAGCGUUGGUACUGGAGAUCAAUUCUUUGAUGCAAACAGGAGCACAAGAAGAAGUCCAGAACAAUUCUGUGAAAGCACUUUCGACAAGACGAGAUAAGCCUUCUGAAACGGAGAUUCCAAGCUCUUUGGUUAAGGGGGAACUAGAUCAAGAACGUAAAGAGGCAGACAAUUAUUUUGCUCUGAAGAGUGUUGAAGUUGAUAACGAGGAUGAUGAUUUAGAUCUUGCAAUCCGUAGUGCGCUAGGGAAUAUUUUUGAAAAGGAGUCAGCGGAAGCUACUGCGGAAAAUAAAGACCAAGUGGUGGAAGAACAAGUAAAAAUCGCACAGAGAGAGGAAGUACCGUUGCGUAAUGUUGAUUUGACCCCAUUAGAAGUAAAACAGGAUGAGCCAGUGCUAAACAUUUCAAAACAAGUACUAAAUAUACAAUCAAACAACGAGAAGAGUUCUUUGGCAUCGACGGCAGUGCCAUUUGAAGGAAAGGAUAAGACACUUGAUCGCUUGGUGCUGCAAAAUCAAGGUAAAACCACCACUUCACAAAAUGAAGAUCUUGAUGAAAACUUGAGAGGUAUUAUUGGACAAGCAUUUGACGAAAUAUUCGGUAAGGAUAUGCCUGGUGCGACUAACACAUACCAGUAUCCACAGCGUGAAGCCCCCAAUAAAUCGCAAUCGAAAUCGCAAUCGAACCAGGCAAAGUCUAGGAAACGUCAUGUCUUAGAGUCCACGCUAAAUCCAGCAGUGCAAAAGAAUAUUGUUCCUGAUCAGGCGAUACUCCAACCAUCUGGACACCUUUCGCCUCAUAUCUCAUCAUCAGACACGUCUAAGAACGAACAGGAUGAAGAUCAAUAUCUCCUUGAUGCCAUUGGGGCUGCUUUUAGAUCCAUCGAGGAAGCAAGUUCUAUAAAACAACCCAGUGAUUCGAGCUCUGACUUUGGCUAUCCAGUUUCAGUCGAUAAGCUAAUUACUGACGAUACAAAUAAAGACGAAAAUUACAAAACCAAACCGUAUGAAAAGGUAGGUGAUAGCACAGCAGCAUCUGACCAGGAUAUUGAGGACGCAAUUGCUGAUGCGUUCAAAAGUGCCAUGCUGGCCGAAGCAGUCAUAAGUGACAAAACAACAGGUAAAAGCAAGAAAAAUGACGCAAAGCAAAUAACAGCCCGAAAGAAGUCUAUUAAAACGUUGGCUAACGAAAUUACACAACAAGUUCAAGAUCACUUUAAAGGAGAACGGAGGGUUAGAGAACGUUUAUCACUGGUAACUGGAUUACCCUAUGGUCAAACUAUCUCCGCUUCACAUUUACAAAAGGAUACUGAGCUGCAAAAUAUACAGAAGGGGAAGUCAGAUAAAAAACUCCACACAGUGAUUACAAGUGCGGUAAAGAAUGCUGUAGGUACGGAGAAGGAUGACGAAAUUGUUGAUAUUGAACAGUUGCAAAUGAACGAGAUUCUACAAAAUGCUAUCAAGAUGGCUUCGGAGAAUCCGCAGGAGCUUAUAUCCGAUCUAGAAAUUGACCAGAUUAUUGAUCUACGCGAGCAAGGAAAAACAAACGUUGCUCAAACAAGCAACGCAAGCCUAGUAAUACAAGGAGCUAAACAUAAACCAUUAAAAGUUUCUAAACCCACUAAAGAUCAGCUACGUGUCCCACCAUCACUAGACGACAAAUACAAAACAUCUCUUUCUUCUGAGGCUCCAAGGAGUCAAGGUGACAAAUUUAGUAUCGCAUCAGGGCCAAUUUCAAAAGAAGAAUAUGCCAAAAAUUCGUUUCUUGCAAAUCCGGAUGUCAAGUCUCAAAUUUCUUCGGUUAUGAGCUCUUUGACCUCUAGAAUCAACAGUGGAGAACUUGCUGAUACAAAUAUUUUAUUCACGAUCCGGCAGAUUACGGAAGAGCUAGCCUCUGGGGGGUCCUUGACCAAGUUCUUAUCGAAAGAUGGCUCCUUGGGUGAAAAUGUGUUCAACAAGGAAGACAGGGACGUGAAAAUGCUUGCGAAUGGACUUGGUAUGGCACGGAAAUUUCUUCUUGGCUUUCCGUCAGAGUCAAGUGCAGAAGGAAAAGCCGUUGAUGAAAUUAACACAAUGAUAUCUAACUUGAAUGAAGACUUUUCGGAAAAUCUUUUGCUUACGAACGAGAAAGCCGAAUUCAUUUCCACCAUUGCUAAUUCGACAUUGACUGCACUUGUUGACGACACUAUAGACAUAAAAUACUCUUUCGAGACUUUCGACGAAGUGGAAUUGUUUAAAAACACCUCACCCGAAAUUCGUAGAAGGACGAGAAUAGGAAAUAGAGAAAGGAAAAAAAAGUGGAGGGAGGAAAAUGCAGAGAGAAACAGGGAUAUGGAACUCAAGACAAGGGUGAUAAAGAAAGCUUACGUAAAGUUUGGCGAGGGAGAUACCCCUAGCAAGCUAUCGUGGAUUGAAUCUGAGUUUGAGAAAAGGAAGGCGAGAAGACAGCCUCGAUCGCAUACUGACGAUGAAAGAAAUGAAGAUGUGACAGUUAAAACUGAGGAUACUCCAUCUCAAAAUUCCAGUGAGAAAGUAGAGCAGGUCACUCAAGAUAAGCGUUUAAUCAACAAUGUGAAAGAUGUGCUCAAGAUAUUCUACGAGAGACCGGACCAUCUAAAGACAGCUUCACAUGUGAUAAAAGUCGCCAGUAUCAUAGGGGCAUUGUCACUUCUACAUUCUGAAUCAUUUCAAUUGAAUGAAGCCAUAAUGUUGGCUGGUAUGAAACUGAUUUUGAAGAGCAUUACUGAUCGCCUACACAGCCUUGAUGGUCAUAGAACUAUGCUAAGCCUGGCUCAGUUGCGGACCGAAUCGUCAAAACGUCGGUUAUCGGAGAUUUUAAACAACGCGAAACGUUCGAAGGUUGAUAUGUCUGCGUUUCCAGCCUUCGAUGACACUGCAUCGCAUAGCUUUCAUGUUAAAGAUGGCACAGUGAGUAAACCCAGCUUACAGUUGCCUCGAACAUCCCCAUUUAUUUCGCAUAAAAUAGGCAGCAGUGCCAAUGCAACUACCACAGGAUUGCGAAAGCCUAGCUCUUUUCAGAAACCAAAGGCGUUCGAAAGGCCAGGGAGAGACAAAAGUAGAGGGGGAAGCUUAGGUUCGCCUAAGUUAUAUUCUGCAUCUUCGUAG